AUGGUUCUUAUGCGAGCUUCCGCAGCCCUUCGCCCUGCCGUCCGCACGGCGGCAGCAGCUAGGGCACCCGCCUCUCGCCGAACGCUCUGCGUCUCUGCCUCUCGCAUGGCCGCGUCGAGCCUCUUCCAGGGCGAGCCCUCCGGCCCGGCGCUCAAGACUGAGAUCCCAGGCCCCAAGUCCAAGAAGCACACGGAAGACCUGCACAAGGUGUUCGACACCCGCAGUCUAAACAUGCUCACUGACUACAAGAAGAGCAAGGGCAACUACAUUGCUGACGCUGACGGUAACGUCCUCCUCGAUGUCUACGCCCAAAUCGCCUCCAUCCCCAUCGGCUACAACAACCCUGCCCUUGCAAAAGUUGCCCAGACCCCCGAGAUGAUCAACGCCAUCAUCAACCGCCCCGCACUCGGUAACUUCCCCCCAGAGGACUGGGCCGAAAUUCUCCGUACUGGUAUCCUCAAGGUUGCGCCCAAGGGCCUUGACCAAGUCUUCACAGCCAUGGCCGGCUCCGAUGCCAACGAGACGGCCUACAAGGCCGCCUUUAUGUGGCGCCGCCAGCAAGAACGUGGUGGCUACGACGUUGACUUCACCCCUGAGGAGACUGCCUCCGCGAUGAACAACCAGGCCCCCGGCGCCUCUGAGCUCUCUAUCCUCUCCUUCCGCACCGGAUUCCACGGCCGCCUCUUCGGUUCUCUCUCGACCACCCGCUCUAAGCCCAUUCACAAGCUCGAUAUCCCUGCCUUCGACUGGCCGCAGGCCACCUUCCCCAAGCUGAAGUACCCCCUCGAGGAACACGCCGAGGAGAACGCCGCCGCUGAGAAGGCUGCCCUUGACGAGGUCGAGCACCUUAUCAAGAACUACCAUGUUCCCCCUGCGGCAGUAAUCGUUGAGCCGAUCCAGUCCGAGGGAGGUGACAACCACGCUUCCCCUGCCUUCUUCCGCGGCCUGCGUGAAGUCACCAAGAAGCAUAACGUCCUCCUCAUCGUCGACGAGGUCCAAACCGGUGUUGGCGCCACGGGCAAGUUCUGGGCCCACGAACACUGGGAUCUCCCUGCACCCCCCGACAUGGUGACCUUCUCCAAGAAGGCCCAGACUGCGGGAUAUUACUUUGGCAACCCUGAGCUGCGCCCCAACAAACCGUACCGCCAGUUUAACACUUGGAUGGGCGACCCGGCGAGGGCCAUCCUCUUCAGAGAGAUCAUCAACGAGAUCGAGAGGCUGGACCUGGUGGAGAACACGGCGCGUGUGGGAGACUAUCUGUUCGGCAAGCUCGAGGCCUUGGGCAGGAAGUACCCCGGCCAAUUCGCAAAUCUGCGCGGCAAGGGCCAGGGAACUUUCAUCGCUUUCGACAACCCGCGCCGCGACGACUUCUUGAAGAAGGCCAAGGGACUGGGUAUUAACAUUGGUGGAUCCGGCGAGACUGCCGUCCGUCUGAGGCCCAUGCUCAUCUUCCAGGAGCACCACGCUGAUAUCCUCAUCGAGGCGCUGGAGAAGAUCGCCAAGUCUUGGUGA